GACGUCUUUCAGUUCACUCGCCGCCGAACAGUGCACAUGUAUAAAACAGAUUGAUUAGCGCGGGGUUGAACCAGUCGCGUACAGGUGAUUGUUCGUUCGCCGAGUUCUUUCAAAGGUGAAUGUAAACUAUCGUAAAACCGGGCAGAAGAAAACUUUUUGGUUUUAAAUCGUGUGUGAAAUAUAAGAACCGACCGCUUUAAAUUUAAAAACGAUGGCGUUGAACAAAGCUUUUUUGAAUGUAAUCUUAUUGGGGUUCGCUUUUAUGCUGAUUUUUACAGCAUUUCAAACUCAAGGAAAUAUUCAGAAAAUUAUUUUAGCUAGUGCUCAAGAAGAAUACGAUGACUUCACCGGCGAUGGUUACAUUUCCUUGGCAAUAAUUUACGUAACAUUUUCCGUGUUUAAUUGGUCAGCCCCAUCAGUAAUCAGCCUUGUAGGACCAAAAUUUUCAAUGUUCAUCGGGGCCAUCACCUACGUGGGGAUUAUUUUAACGUUCUUGAGACCUUAUACGUGGACAUUGUACGGUAUGAGUGCAGUGGUUGGCAUUGGAGCGGCGUUAUUAUGGACGGGUCAGGGGAAUUAUUUAACAUUGAAUUCGUCCAGUGCUACUAUAUCCCGGAACUCCGGAGUUUUCUGGGCUAUGUUACAAGCGAGUAUGUUUUUCGGAAAUUUAUUCGUCUUUUUCCAAUUCCAAGGCAAAGAUAGAAUAGAUACAGAAACAAGAGUAAUCGUCGUUACUGUUUUAUCCGUUAUUUGCGCCGGCGGAUCUUUGGUAAUCUUGUUUUUGCCAAAACCAAGAAAUGAUGACACUGAAUUGGUUGUUAAUGAAAAUAGAACAGCGUUACAAGCAUUAAAAGAUGCUGGAAAAAUGUUUUUUACGAAGAAUAUGUUACUACUUUGUGUAACUUUUCUUUAUACUGGAAUUGAAUUGUCUUUCUUCAGUGGAGUUUACGGAACUUGUUUAGGAUUUACGAGAAAAUUAGGUGAUAUCGCUACUCAAUUGGUUGGACUACAUGGUAUUUUUAUUGGAGUUGGAGAAGUAUUAGGUGGUGCAGUUUUUGGUAUUUUGGGGGCAAAAACAACAAAAUGUGGUCGAGAUCCAAUUGUAGUGGGAGGUUUUAUUGUCCAUGUUAUAGCUUUCUUUUUAAUAUUUCUCAAUUUACCAAAUUCAUCUCCAAUGAUCAGCAACGACGAAGAUGCUUUCAUCGCAACGAAUGCUUAUUUAGCUUUAUUUUGCUCAUUUUUACUCGGGUUGGGUGACGCUUGUUUCAAUACUCAAGUCUAUUCGAUUUUGGGCGAUGUCUUCCACUUUGACAGUGCCUCAGCUUUUGCUAUUUUUAAAUUUACACAGUCAAUUGGAGCUGCAGCAGGAUUUUUCUACUCUUCAUACAUUGGACUUUAUAUUCAAUUAGGUAUAUUAUUGGCUAUGGCUGUUUUUGGAACUGUAACGUUUGUAUUAGUCGAAUGGUCUGUAAGAAGACGAAAGGUAGGAGAUGCCGAUACGCAUAUUUCUAGCAGCGCUUCCGAUCUUACAUCAGAGAUGUCAAAGAAUUGAUAUUUUUUGUUCAUCAAUCCUCUUUCAUUUCUUUCAUCAUCAAAAUACUUCAAUUUUAACAUAUUAAGAGU